UGGAAAGAGGCAUUUCAAAAUGGCUCCCUUCAUAGGCUGAAGGAGGGGCUGCCGGUCGACAGAUAACUACAAUAACAGAACAGAAAAUAACGAAAGAAAACAGCUACUGGCUCUUGUGUUCCGUGCCAAGGGUAUCGAUAUUAGCAUUCGAUUUUGAUACCGUUUAUUCUUUUGCAAAUAUUUCAAAAUGACCACGCAUUUCAGGGCCGAGGGAAAAGAGGAACCAACCUAUCCGAGGCUGCCCAGCUGCAGCGUUUUUUGUAAUGGGGCUGUGAGGGGAUUGUGAAUGAAAUGGAAAGAGCAGAAAAUGGAGCUUCCCUGAUGGCUUUGUCUGUCGAUGUCAACGAAAACGAACAGAAGAGCGCAUCCUACAGCAGCCUUACUGGGUGCAAAAGCGGCAUGCCGGCUUUAUUACUAAAUGAAAACAAAAAGCCAACCUUCUCACAAGAUACGAAUUCUGUGCUGCCAGGCAAAGGGUAUGUUUAUAUUGCCAGUGGGAGGAAUGUAAACGAAGACAAGGCUGCUCUGGCGGGUAAUAAAAGGCUAGAUUGUGUUACAGACUCGGAGUGUCUUCCUAGCGGGGUUAAAGACAGCUGUUUCAUUACAGAGCGAUGCAGUGAUGGCACUGUAAACGGGUUUAUUGCGUCAUCAGAACAGCUAAUGGUUGGAUCAGAUGCAACGGGAGUGGGUUGUAAGAGGACCCCGACCUGCUCUCCAAAUUGCACUGCUGACAAGCAAGAAAAGAGAACCGGGAUGUUGAUCGACGCUGCUCCAGAUAGCGAUCGUGAAUGCGGAAGGAUGGCUGAUGGCGUUUCCGAGAAACAGGACAAUAGUCUUUUAAAUCCCAAGACUGGGGCAAAGUCUGUGCUUCCGCUUUCUGGAUCACAUGAUAGCAAGCACCAGCUAAACUGCACUGGUUGGGUCGAUCCGGCAGACAUGAAGCUAACCAACGGAGAUGCGGAUUGUGCAACGGGUGACAUCUACCCUAGCUGCAACGAAGAUGUCUCUUUUGGCUGUGAUUCUUCAGUUUACAAACCUUCAGGUGCGCUUUUUGAGAAAGAAGUGAAACUGGUAAACGGUGGGUUGUUGAUUGUAAACAAAUGCGCGUUGCUACCUGACAAACUAGAUUUGCAUAGCAACACGGCAAAGUGCAUUGGCGAGGCAGCUGCUGUUUCAAAUAUGCAAAUAAAAAAGUUAAUAUUAGAACCUGCAUUAGAGGACGGUUUUAAUAAGGGCUUCUGUCCAGAAGAUGAUGACUUUGGUACUACUGGGGUUCCCCCCUCAGAGACUACAACAGAGUGUUGUGACCCCUUUCCCAAAAUCAUAACCACACUAUCUGGAGCAUUAGACAUUGAAAAUAUGAGGCCUAAAGACGAAACACUUCAACCAAAUGAGUCCAACGUCAAGGAGGACGAUGUAAGUGAGGAGAGUAAUCCGAGCUCAUUAGAACUAAGGACUAACCAAAACAGUAGACUCUGUCUGAGUUGCGAAGCCACUCCAGAAAGCUCAGGGGAUUCCGAAGUAAGCUUUGGCACCGACGCGCUGCAUGACACUAAUGACGUCAGGUUCAUGGAUGUCAAUUUAAGUUCAAGGAACACCUUUGAAGUUAGCCGUCGACAGAGCGCCCCUGAUCACGUGCCUGAUGGUUUGACUCUUGCUGCAGACGCCUCCUCUCAUCAGGAACUGAAACCCAAAAAGCUUGGAAUCACAGAUUUUUUUAGCAGAAGCUUGUUUUCCAGGAAGACGAAGGACCCCAAGCCUCCUUCCCAGAGUGCUCCUGGCUGGAAGUUGUUUGGAAAAGUUCCUUUGAGAGAGAACCCUCAGAAGGAUUCAGUGACUAUUCAGCAGGACAGUAACCCCUGCAGUCUUGCAUCUGUUUCUACACCAAAUCUCUUAAGCACAGUGGAAUAUGAGGCACGGACAGGGAAAGCAGCUAAUCUCCCACCCCAGUCAGCGCGACGCAAAAACCUUGAAUUUGAACCUCUUUCAACCACAGCGCUCAUUCUGGAAGACCGACCUGCAAAUCUUCCUGCAAAAUCAGCUGAGGAAGCCCUGCGUCACCGCCAUGAGUAUGAUUCCAUGGUGGCAGAGGCAAAAAAACGAGAAAUGAAAGAUGCCCAUAAAAAGAAGAAAAUAAUGAAGGAACGUUAUAAACAGGAAGAAGUCAUUGCCAGUGCCAUGGUGAUUUGGAACAGUGAGAUACUUCCCAAUUGGGAAGCCAUGCGCAAUACGCGAAAAGUGCGAGAGUUGUGGUGGCAAGGCCUUCCGCCCAGUGUUCGCGGAAAAGUGUGGAGUUUGGCUGUUGGAAAUGAACUCAAUAUUACACAUGAACUUUAUGAGAUCUUCUUAUCCAGAGCUAAGGAAAGAUGGAAGAGCUUCAGUGAAACCGGUUCUGAGAAUGAGGCUGAAGAUUCAGUUGCAUCCGGUGCUGACAGAGAAUCCAGUCUAGAUUUGAUAAAGUUGGACAUCUCCCGCACAUUCCCCUCUCUCUUCAUAUUUCAAAAGGGCGGUCCAUACCAUGACCUUUUGCAUAGUGUGCUGGGAGCCUAUACUUGUUACAGACCUGAUGUUGGAUAUGUUCAAGGGAUGUCUUUCAUUGCUGCUGUGCUUAUCCUCAAUCUAGAAGAAGCUGAUGCUUUCAUUUUAUUUGCCAACCUUCUCAACAAGCCUUGUCAGAUGGCUUUUUUCAGAGUGGAUCAUGACUUGAUGCUAAAAUACUUUGCAGCAUUUGAAGUGUUCUUUGAAGAAAAUCUCCCAAGAUUGUUUGUUCACUUUAAGACCUACAACCUGACCCCAGACAUCUACCUGAUUGACUGGAUUUUUACACUAUAUAGCAAGUCCCUGCCUCUUGAUUUGGCGUGUCGAGUUUGGGACGUCUUCUGUCGGGAUGGAGAGGAGUUUCUCUUUCGCACAGGUCUUGGUAUUCUUAAACUGUACGAGGAUGUCCUCCUUCAGAUGGACUUCAUUCACAUUGCUCAGUAUCUUACCAAGCUUCCCGAAGAUAUCACUUCUGAAAAGCUCUUCACCUGUAUUGCUGCAGUUCAGAUGCUAAGCAGUAAUAAAAAAUGGACUCAGGUAUUUACCACAUUAAUGAAGGAUAACAAGGAAGGAGACAAGAAUCACAGCCCAACAUUAAAAAGUUAAUUACGUUCUGGAGAAUUGUAUGUGUUUUUGUGCUUUAACUGCAAAGGAUGUUUUUAAAAAAUAUCCAGUGAAGACCACUACAUUCUUGAGGGGGGGGGGGGACAUAAGAAAAAUAGAACACUCUUUCACUUUUUUGCUAAAUGGUUAUGAAGCAAUAUGUGAAGAAAGAAGACUUUAAUAUCAUUGCCAGUAUUACUGAAUAGAGCUGUGUCAUUAUUCGAAUUAUGUAAAUGACGAUUACAUAAAGAAGAUAUUGUGUGUUUAAGCAUUUAUAUGGCCAGACAGGCAGAAAUGAGAGAAUAUUUCCAACAUCCUUCGCUGUUUUGCUUUAAAUAAACUGACUGAAUACAGCUUGUGAUGAAGAUAAUUUUGAUUCUCCCUGUCCAGUGUUUUUGUGUAGAUGUGAAAUAUCACUCAUGAAACUGUCCACCCAGGUUUAAAUUACCCACCAAACCAGCAGAUUCCUAAAAACAUUAUGUGGACCAAACCAUUAAAAUACUUACUAACAUGUUGUUUUUGUUUUUGUUUUUGUUUUUUUCCCAUUUCAUUUUUUUU